UUCACUUUUACAAGUUCAGAUUCUCCCCUGGCAGACCCAAGGGGUCCAGACUGCACGGGCUUGGGGCCCCGACCUUGGAUCUGGGGGGCGUCCUGGCCCCCUGCUGGCCUGCGACUGUCCCAGUUGGAUGGAGCCAUGGCCCCCACGUUGUUACUGCUGCUCUUCCUCCUGUGGCUCCAGGGCUGCGUUUCAGGUGCUCCGGCCGAGAGCGUGUACUCCAAAGUGCAUCAUUACGAAGGGGAGACCCUGUCUGUGCAGUGCUCCUACAAGAGCCGCAAAAAACACGUGGAGGGAAAGGUUUGGUGCAAAAUCCGGAAGAAGAAGUGUGAGCCUGGGUUUACCCGGGUCUGGGUGCAGGGGCCGCGCUUCUUGCUGCAGGACGAUACCCAGGCCAAGGUGGUCAACAUCACCAUGGUGGCCCUCAGGCGCCAGGACUCAGGCCGCUACUGGUGCAUGCGCAACAGCUCCGGAACCCUCUACCCUCUGACGGGCUUCCAGCUGGAAGUGUCUCCAGUCCCCACAACCGAGAGAAAUACUCCUCUUACACAGCUGGCCAACAUCCUCAAGGGUAAAAAUGUCAUCUCAACGGGCCGAGCCCCCACCUCAGGCUCUGAUGCCCCUUUCACCACCAGUAUGAGGAUGUUCACACCUGGAGUCCUCUCCUUGGACAGACUUUUGCCCUCCACUGCCUCAGAGACCAUCCGACUGAGCUCCAUGGCAGGCUACAGCUUCACCAGCCCCUCCACCCUGGGGCCCAGAAGGGCCAAGGGGCUCCAGACUGUGACUGCACCUCCUGGCAAUGCCAGAACCUCUUCAGUUGGCCUUGUGUCCAUCUCCACUAAGGCUGGCCACCUGCACACCAGAUCACCGACCACGAGAACAUGCCACACCAGCAGAUCUCUCCUCAACAAAUUAUCCCCCAUCAGGCACCAGGACUCCAACCCCAUUGUGCUCGUGGGGGUGCUGGCCUUCCUCUUGGUGCCUGUGACGGUGAUCGUGGCCUAUGGGCUCUGGAAGAAGAGACACAUGGGAAGCUACAGCAUAUGCAGGGACCCUGUUCGACCCUGGAGGGAUCCACCUGGAAGACCGGAGCCUCCUUGGAAGCCUGCUUGGUUUAAGGCCACUUACAGAGUGGGGGAGCUUCUCCCAGAGGGACCUCAGGAGGCUGUAAGAGGAGUGCAGAUGAGGGCCUGUCUGGAUUGGAGCCAGUUCCUACACCUGGACUCCAGGUCUGAGCUCUUGCAGGAGACUGAGGGACCUCCAGGUUCCACUGAACAGGGGACUGCAGCUCAGAGAAAAGGGGAUUGGCACCCCCCCCAACUUCAGAGUCUCGUUUUCUCCUGGGAAGAGAGGAGCCACUGUGACACAGCAGACAACUCAGAGCUGAAGACAGCCUGGAGGGCUGCCUGGUAGGGGUGGGGUGAGGCUGGGCAGAUAGAGCCCAGGAACCUGGGCCCAAUUGCCUGAGUCGUCUGCCCCUGCCUCACAGGCUCCUGAGCUCAGGCUUGGCGUCUUCUGCAGGGAAAGCUGGAGAAUAUGGGCUGCAUUCAUCCCCCGAAGAGCGGGGGGCCACCAGCCUGGAGUAACUGAGAAAGCACCUGGGGAUAAAUGUGGCAUCUCUACUCUCUGCCCUGGGUCAGGGACCUCCCAAGUGGGAUAGCAUGUGCCAGAGGCAGGAGACGCAGCCAGAGCCUUAGUAGGGCCACUCCAAGAUGAUUUGGGGAGAGAGGAGGGGGCAGGGGGUACUCCUAUGGGACCUUAGGGAGGAGGCACCUCUUCCCCAUGUCCAGGAGAGGGCACUAGCAGGCAGACUCAGACUGAGGAACUGCCUGGCCCGUGUCUGGUACACAUGUGUGUGCACACAUGCGUGCACACACACACACACACACACACACACACACACACUGACAUCUGUCCUCCUUAUCAGGAAGGUGUGGCCACCAUCUGGCAGUAACUGGCAGCAGGUUUAACUCACCUGAAAGAAAACGGGUCCCUGAGAGCUCAGCUCCAUCUUGACCCUGCAACCAGCAUGACUGCCCUGCUUCCCGUGUGAGUGGGGCGCCCCUGGGAGAGCGCUGCAGAGGGCUGAGGCCAGGGCCCCGGGGGCCCAGGCUGCCCACCGCUCCUGUGUGACCCUGUGCAAGCCACUACCCCUGGUGGGCCUCAUUUUUCCUCUCCUGUGAAAGAGGACACUAAUUCCUACCUCGAGACUUUUCAGAAUAAAACAAAAGAAUGUGAACUUUA